UGCACUUGUCGUUUGUUUCAUUCCAGCAAGAGAGGGAGAGGGCGAACUUUUUCAGAAGUACAGACAAUCUUGGCACACGGGAGAGGGGGAGCGGUAGAGAGAGAGUGCACAGUAGGCACAGUAAAAGAGAAAAAGGGGCAGAGCUAUACGAAAAGAAAAGCGCGAGCAGGGAAAGGCACGGAGAGCUGUUUGCCUAAACCCCGUUGGCUCCCUCAGUGCGCGUAUCCCAGUGUUGCUCAGUGAACCGUGCGGUGGACACUGCCACUGUCUCUGUGUGUAACUCUGGUUGUAUUGAACUCUGCUCACUGCUGACCAGUGGAGAGUGAAGAGAGGAGGAGGAGGUGGGAGAGCGCCGGACACCCUGUCGGUGGGCUUGCCCGGCCCAGGCAAUUUUACUUGAUAGGUUCAGCAGCCAUGCUGGAAAAUGCAGGUGGAGCAAGAGCGGAUGCUAAAGUGAAUAAUCAGUCAGAAACUACUAAAUGUGCAAUGGAGAGUGGUGACGGGAACACCGGUAUCCAAACCAAUGGGUUGGAUUUUCAGAGGCAGACGGUGCCCACCACAAGUGCAAUCACUAAUGCACAUGCACAAGCCCUCCUCCAACAGUCAAAGUUGGAAGACUCGGGUGCUCUUCUGACCUCCGUCCAGCAGAGCGUAUUGCCUCAAACCCAGCUAAUGUUGGCUGGGGGACAGAUUGCUGGAUUGAGCCCAAUGCAGCAGCAGCUGUUUCUCCAGCAGGCCCAAGUGCAGCUCCUGGCUGCUGCCGUGCAGCAUUCUGCCAACCAGCAGAACAGCACCACCGGGGACAACAUCUCAGCCUCUGCAGCCACACCAAUUACCCAGCUGCCCCUGUCACAGCCCAUCCAGAUUGCCCCUUCUUUACAACAGCAGAAUCUAAGUCUGCCCCAGUUUGUCCUGGUUCAGCCUGGCCACCCUAUCGCCACGUCACUGCAGCCGCAGUUCAUUAUCUCACAGGCUCCGCAGGCCCAGCAGGGCAUAUUGCAAGCCCCGAGUCUUCUAACUCAACUACCUCAAAGCCAACCUAACCUCCUGUCGACUCAACCAAGCAUCACCCUUGCAACUCAGCCUGCAACCCCAACCCGCACAACGGCAACCACACCUAUUCAGUCCCUGCCACACAGUCAGACGCCACCCAAACGGUUGGAUACUCCCACUCUGGAGGAACCUAGUGACCUUGAGGAGCUGGAGCAGUUUGCCAAGACUUUUAAACAGAGACGUAUCAAACUGGGCUUUACGCAGGGGGACGUUGGCCUGGCCAUGGGGAAGCUGUAUGGAAACGACUUUAGCCAAACUACUAUUUCUCGCUUUGAGGCCUUGAAUCUGAGCUUUAAAAACAUGUGCAAACUCAAGCCAUUGCUGGAGAAGUGGCUCAAUGAUGCAGUUUGUGCAGAGAACCUGACAUCUGACCAGUCCCUGUCGAGCCCCAGUGCCCUGGGUUCCCAGGGCAUGGGCAUAGAGGGAAUCAACCGCAGACGGAAGAAAAGAACCAGUAUCGAGACCAACAUUCGAGUGGCCUUAGAAAAGAGCUUUCUGGAGCAGAACCAAAAACCUACCUCUGAAGAGAUCACCAUGAUCGCUGACCAGCUCAACAUGGAGAAGGAGGUGAUUCGGGUCUGGUUCUGCAAUCGACGACAGAAAGAGAAGAGGAUUAAUCCUCCCAGUAGUGGCAACAGUGGAGGAGGCAACACCCCUAUCAAAUCUAUCUUCACCCCCAGCAGCCCUUUGGUGGCCAGCACAGCAAGCCUUGAUAGCAGCCCAACUAUUACCACACCCACCACUCUGACUGUAAACCCAGUGAUGCCUCUCACCAACACCAGCAUCCCCAAUUUGUCUUUCACAGGCACGACAGUUGGAGCCACAAACACUGCAUCUGUCAUCUCAACUGCGCCUGUGGUUACCACAGCAACAAGCUCUCUGUCUUUAAGCACGUCCCAGACGAGUAAUCAGUCCACGAGCACGGAGAGCAAAGCUGGCACGCAGGCGCCAACCAUUGUCACCCAGGCGCCUUCAUCCAUUGCUACCAGUUUAGGGACGGGUCAGGUGAUGGUGGCAGCUCCUGGGCUUUCUGCCGCGUUGCAGGGGGCCGCCACGCUACCCAGCGCCAGUUUUGCAGCUAUGGCUGCUGCUGCGGGGCUCAACCCAGCACUGAUGGCAUCUUCGCAGUUUACUCAAGGGGGUGCCCUCCUCAGUCUGGCUCCUGGCGGCCUGGGAAGUGCACUGAGCCCUGCUCUCAUGAGCAACAGCACUCUGGCUACCAUUCAAGCACUGGCAUCGAGCGGCACAAUCCCCAUCACCUCUCUGGACGGCAGUAACCUGCUGUUUGCCAACACUUCUGCUGGUAACACCCCCAACCUGGUGACCACGCCGCUCUUCCUGAACCCCCAGAACCUGUCGCUGCUCACCAGCAACCCCGUCAGCCUGGUGUCGCCCGGCGUGGGAGGGCUUCAGGUCACUGCCGACGGUCAUCAUCAAGUCAGCACAGCUGCUGUGCCUGUGCAAGCCUCGACCAUUACCACUGCCCCCAAGGCUCAGUGAAGCCAGUCAGGCUGCAUCUCGAAUUAACGCCCAAUUACUUACGUCAAGCACUACUCCUUUCACACCGUGUAGGACGAGGGUGGUACUCUGAUAUAGGCUCUGCGCUUCACUAACCACCCUGCAUCCUCUCCAUUGUAUCUACCAUAAAUUAAUCCUUUUGCUGCCGCCAAAAAGAAAAGGACUUAACAUAAGGGUGGGUUUAACUGUUGGUUUCUUUUAUUAUUUUUUUUCUUUCUUUAUGAUUCUUGGAUGUUUUUUAAUUUUCCACACAAACAGUAACCAGAUGGACACUGUUGUCUGCCUGCCGCUUCUCCUGAACCUUGACAAGUGUCCAGGGAGAAAAUAUCCUCGGCGUCAUCGAGCUGUAUAUACAUAUACAUAUAUACAUAUAUAUAUAUAUCCUCCUCUUUGCAGGUCAGAAUUUUCUCUGAAAUUCUUCUAACCAAAAACAAACUUUUCUCUUCUAACAUUCAAACUUAAUUGAUUUACUACUAAUUUCACAAUGUUCAUAAUCACUAAUGAGGGUUUGUGUGUCGCUCUUUUUAAUUAUCUCUCGUUUUUGUUUUUUGGGGUUUUUUUUGUUUGUUUGGUUUUUUGUUUCUUGACAGGCCUUGUUGUAAAUCAUAUCAAAUUAUAUUUUAGAGACUUUUUUUCCCUUUUUAUCUUUUACUGUCUAUAUUUUUUUGACAUUUUCUGAUCUUUGUAAGUCUAAUGUUAAGUUAAGAUUUAACUAUCACUUUUUAAUCGUGGUUAUAAGGCUUUAAAAAUAAGUAAUAAGUGGCCGAUAUAAAGGUUAUCAUUGCUUUAAGGGUCGGAGGGACGCGGCGUGUCUCUCCGAGUCUCUUUUCUGGAAACACUGAGUUUUACAUAGGUGGUGGUGCAGUAGCCACCGAGCCUCUGUAAAACGACGGUCUCGGUGUGGAUUAUCGACACUGAUAGAAAAAUGACUGAAAACAUUACAUUGAGAGCUUUAAAGUGAGCUGCAGACCUGAGUCUGAUUAAGGGUGACUUGUUUUGGUUUGUGAUCCGUUGGAACACUGUACAUUAGGUUUUGGACGUGGACGUUUGCGUGUCGUCGACAGCUCAGGCAGACGCUGAGAGUUCAGCAGCCGCACGAUCCACGAGGCUCUGCAGUCUUUUUUUUUUUUUUUUUUUUUUUUUUGUGGAGGGAACUAGUCAUGUUCACCAAACCUGAACUGUGGUGUGGUGGCUUUGCCUAGAUGGGGAUAGAGUAUUGGGGGGGUGUUUGGUUUCCUUUUUUUUUUUUAUUAGAAGUACCGUCGUAUCUACUUGUGCACAGUAUCUGUACCAAAUAACUGGAUUGAUGAGCUGCAGUCUGCCUGUUUUGGGAGGAUUGAAAUUCUGUCUCUUUAUUUUGUCUGCAGUCGUUCGACUGGCUUACCUACUUUAAGAUAUACCAAAAAUAUUUGUUAAAGUAAUUGCUGUGUGUAGUCAGUGUAGCUUAGUCUAGUCAAUAUAUUUAUGAGUACAAAAAUCUCUUCAUAGUCAGAAUAUAGAAAUGCAAUAUUUUGAUGAUCAUUUUCCAAAGACUACAUUUUCUUUUUUCUUUUCUUUGUUAUUUUGUUUGAUUUGACCAAGUGUCUCCAUAUUUAAAUUUUUAAUUGGCAGCACAACUGACCAAAAAGAGAGGGAUUGGUGGGUUGGAGUAUGAGGAAGUAGUUUCUUUUUACUUCUAUUAUUACCAUUUUACUUUUUAAAUUUAGUUUUUAUGAAAUCACCGUGGCCUCAGCCCAAUGCUUAAUCUGGUUUAAUGCGAGCCGUUUAGUGGCGUCUUUUCCUUUCUAAUCAGUUGUGGUAGCAGUUUUGGACUUUUCUGAAGCAUAAUGGAAAAGAUCUGAUUUUGGUUUUGUGCUAAUAUUCAGCCAUAAAACAACAGCUUGAACCAAAGUUCGUUUUCUCUUAAAUCUCCACAAUUUAUUUCUUUAUUUUUCUCCCUCCUCAGUCGAUACCUGAUUUUCGUGAUUUGGUGCUGCUGGAUAAGGAUCACAGAAACUUUAGCUUUAACAACUUGCUGCUGAGACUCCUGUCAGAGUUGAGCUGUCAAGACGCCUGCAUGCUUUCUAAUAGCUUUAAGACUACAUCCUGUGAGAAUCAGGGUAUUGUAGUUCGCACUAUCCCUGCUGGAGGGAUCACUUAUGUAAAUCCAUAAAUACUUCACCUCCUCUCAGCUCCGCCGUUUCAAACCAGCAUGCUAAGAAACGAUAUGCUGCACCCAAAAUCUGUCUGGGGACUAGUUUAAAAACUCCCCAAACUUAUCUUAGCCAACACAGCGGUGGGAUAAGUACCGUUCUGUGCUGCACGUUCAGCUAAACCCCACACAAAAGUAGCAUUGUUCUGCUUCAAAAUGACAAACACAGCAAUUAGUAACUCACUCAGACUGGAAGCAGUGAAAUUUGUCCCCGUUCCCCUCUCGUGUGCUUCUUUUCUGUUGAAUUAUUUUUGACUAAAUAUACCUCAGCAGCGCUUCAAACAUAGGUUCACCUUUUAGACAUUUCUCUGUAUACAGCAUUGUAGAAUGUAUAAUUACUGACUGGCUUGCCAUUCAGCGUUUAUACUGAUGAACCAUACAUAGGAACCAUUGCAAGGACAACCUACUACUGCUAUUUUCUAGUACUACUAUUUAUGGGGUAUUUCCAGGUUUAAAUAUUAUUUUGAGAUCCUUCUUGCCAAAGUAAAAGCCUUUCUCUUUGCAGCUUGGUGGGUGUGUUUUGUUUUUCUUUCUUUCCUUAACUUUGAGGCCACAAGAGCCCUCAAGAACUCAGUCGUGUUUCAGUGCUUGUUUGGCGUUUUGGAGGUUUGCAAGCUACAUGAACCAGUUGCCACUGGCACCAUAGGAUGUUACUGAAAUAUUUAUCUGAGGAAAGACUUAAGAAUUGGAGAAACGAUCUUUUCUUAAUUCUAUACAUAUAAAUAUAUAUAUAAACACUUGUAAGAUAUUCAUAUUUUAUAUUUGAACCAGUAUGUUACCAAGACUGAAUGUAGUGUUUAUCAUACUUACUUCCCCCCCAGAAAAAAAAAUCUCCCCUCAGUUUUCUUUUCUUUUUUUUAUUAAACUGUCAAGACCAAAAAAUUUGAGAUGGAGCUCGAGAUGACGCCUCGCUGAGCCCCUCCUGUCGAACCAGUCUGUUCGACAGGAGGGGCUCGCUCAGGCGCUCCUGGCAGACAGGUCCUGUGGUUAAUAGGAGACUCUGAAGCAUUUGAUCUUAAUCUUUUAAUAGAUGUAUAAAUAUAUAUAUUUGGUUGAGUUGUUGUGGAUUUGAUUUGCUGUGCUGUCUUUAACAAUCAUUUGGUUUUGUUUUAAUGUAUUACUUUAUGCCUUUAAUUGUUUUGUAUAGUGUGAGAGGGCAAGAUCACUGGCUUUCUUAGUUUGACAAAGAAGAUUAACAUUAUCAUUUAUGCCUUAUUGUUACGUAGAAGACAUGAGCAUUGUAGCAUUGUUGUUCUGUAUGUGUGUGAGAGUGAGAGAGAGCAUGGGCACCCAGCUCACCUGGUGCAUUGUUUUCACUGAAACAGUACAGUGUACUCUGGGCAUUUUAGAGCGUGGGACGAUUAUGUUGCUACCUAUGGUUUUUAGGUGCGACUUAGACAGGUAGGAGGAUAUACCUGUGAGAAAAAGCUUUACUAAUAAUUCCAGCAGGCAGGUGUGUUUGUGUGAGUGUGUCAUUUAAAGAGAGGCCAGGGAGGACAGUCUGCAAACCAUUUUGGUGCAUCUUUCCCAUCUUCCAGCAGGUGUUUAGACUGAUUUUUGAAAAAAGGGUGAGACGAGAGGACUUCUUUGUUUUGUUUUGGGGUUUUGAUUGAAGUUUCCUGACUGAGGGUCUUUACAAAUUAACUGCAAGCUUUAAGCAAGCCACUGCCGAGAGCCAAGCCAGCUUUCCGUUUGUUUGGGGUCAGCUUGGACUCUCACGAACUGUCUGCUUGCCACUGGCUUUGCUUGUGAAGCUUCGGCUUCAGGUGAUCCUGAGAUUCUUGCGGAUCAGCUGUGCAUCUAACAGACGGUAUAUUGACCCACCACACUGGUUUGCUGAGAGUUUUGGAUUUUUGUUUGUUUGUUUUCUCCUUUUACUAAAUGUCAAAGGUUGCGUGGCGCACCAGUAAGGCUAAAGGAGCUGUUGUAUACCUCAUUUUUAACUCAAGAUUGAGUGAAACCUGCUUUAAUCUACUUAUGAAACAAAUGUUUUUAAAAAUCAUAAAAAAAAGACUAAAAUACACCAACUUGUCAGUGGAGAAGCGUGUUCAUACCUGUACUUAGUGAAGGGUUUGGAGCCGCCACAAGAGGGAGACGAACUACAUACCAGUACUCACAAAGAGGUGUAAACAAGAGAAGGCAUAAAAGGUGAAUCUGUGUGUAACAAGGGGCAAACAUCUGCUGCUCUUCUUUCACAAUUUCUUGUGCACUGAAGGAUUUCAUUCAUGAAACCGUAAUUCUAUGGACACCCCCCACCCCACCCUUUUUUUUUUUAAGUUUGACAAUCUUGCUUUAUUUAUUUUCUCACUCUUGGCUUGGUACAGGUAUGUGCACGUCUUCCCACGUGAUGGCUCGCCGUCGCAGCCCGCUCUCGCUCCCCUGUGGUACCAACGAUAACCAAAGAAUUCUUACUAACUUGAUUGUAUGUGAUCGACGCCACCUCUCGCCCAUCCCCGCCUCACUGCUCAACAUCAAAUCCCGGCUGCACGCCCCUCGAUUCGUAUGUAAAGAGGUUGUUUUUUUUAAAAAAAUUGCAUUCGAAUGUGCGUCCGGCACCCCCUUCGACGCCUCUGCAGUGGUUUCAGUGCCUGUGGGCGGGGAUCGGAAGGGAGGGGUAGCAGGGGCCGGGCGGGCUUCUCCGGCAGACACGAACCGAUGCGGUGGUAGCUGGGUGAUGUUUGUUAAUACACACUGAGGGUUGAUCCUGUGCACACUGUACCUGCUCAGGACUCUGUAUGAUUGUCUGUCUUGAGCGCUGUUGUCGUUUGGUUGGUUGGAUUGAUGUCCCACCCUCCGUUGUUCCUCUCUCAAGAACGGCGACGAAAAAUGCUAUUCCUGCCUCUCAGUGCGUCUGUCUCUUCCUCAUCUGUACACUGUAGUCCCAGGACAUGACCCUGUUGUUGUCUCCAGGAAUACACAUCCUGCGUUCGCUAAAACUCACUGCUGUGUCCCCUUCCCUGUCCUCCUCCUCUCCCUUUCAUCUGCUCUCUUCUUUGACUCCUCACUACAGACUCUGAUCAGCUGUGACACUAUGCAUCAUGGUCCUUCACUUUGCAUGGACUGUGUCCCUCUGACUCAGACCUUCUGGUCGGCAGGGCUUCAGUGACACUUUGUUUAAUGCUUUACUCCAAGUGAGGUUGUAGGACCUCACAAGCGCUAUCCCAAAGCAAAAAUCCAAAUAUUUAACUUUUGACAAAUGCAGAUACCAAAGAUAUCUCUCUGUCCUGUGUGUCUCUGUUGGUUUCUCUCUCUCCCUUUCACCCUGCAGCAUGUGUAUUAAGAGACAAACCCAGCACUGGCUUUAAAGUCCCAGCCUCAGUAAUUCCAAAGCUUAGAUGUAUAUUUUGGUAUAUUUCUGAGAAAAAACUUGCGUGAAAAAGCGUCUGUUCCUCGUUUGUUUGUUGUAAUCUCUUUUCUGUCACAGCAUGGAACUAAUUGCAGAACUGUCUUACUCUUGGUAGGUUAAAGAUAUAGUAUUUUUGUAUGUUUUUGGGUGUGUUAUAUAUAUGUACGUGUGUGUGUGUGAUUAUCAGUUCACAGCCCAAGUGACCAUGGCUUUCAACAAGAGAGAAAUAACUUUAAAAAAAAAAAAAAUCGCCAACCAUGUACAUAUUGUGUCUGUGUAUCUCAAGAAAUGCAUUCUGUAAAACAUUUCACUUUCGAAGCUUGGGCUCAUCUAAAGGAAUGUGUCCCUGUUUUAUUUCCCUUUUUUUACUCUGCAGUCUGAUAUUAAUUGACUUCCAGGACUCGAAUGUAAUGAGUUUUGGUUUCCAUUGUGGAAUACAACACUGAGGGACACUGCUCCAAUCUAAAUACGACAAAAAAACGACAAAAAAAAAAAGGCCUCCAGAGAUGGCGGCAUAGAGCUGAAAGAUUGUGUAGGAGUUUUAAGUAUGUGAAUCAGGAUACAUAGUAGAUUUUGAUGCAUUUGUCUGCUGUAUUUUUGUUUUUAUACACAUAUAAAGAUAAUCUUUUACUGUAAAUGUACAGUUCUCUUUUGUUGUAAACAUCAUUAAACCAUUUUCCAAGUGUUUUGA